CUGUUGGUGAUGAUGUGAUCAGGUCAUCGCUCAAGAGAGAAUUCGAUAGACAUUAGAUAUCAGUAGAACUCAUAGAAGUCUAUCAGCUCGACGACGGACAAGAGCUCGUGCAAAUUGUAUGGACCGGAAAACACAGGUAUUGUGUACAAUGAACUAGACAUGACAGGCUACAUGAACCGGACAGGGCAAGUUAUAUAAACUGGAGAGGACAGGCUGUAUGAACCAGGAAGGCAGGCUAACGGCCUGAGUAACCUGUACUGAGGUUGAUUUGAUCAUGUGUCUGUCAUCUGAUACUUUCUCGUUUGUUUGGAUCAAGUUCUGACGGUGGUGAAUCGCUCGCCGAGCUUCAUUGCAUUAUCGGCUUUGGAGGGUUUGAAGUUCGAUAUUUUAGUACGGCACGUAAGUGAAGACUGAUGUGAACUAAUUAUGCGCAACUGACGUUGACUGACGGUUUACCGUCACAUUCGGUCACCAAUCAUCAAUGACGCCAGUUUCAGAGAGGACACUCAUACCACUCCCCGUCCAUCUCCUGGUGAAGUUGGUGCCUUUGAUGGUGCCACUGCUGGUGCUGAUGACUAUACCAGUGGUGAUGACACUGCCAGCGACCGUGUCCUCCCCGUCCAGUGGACACCUGAAAUGCUGUCCUUCCGGGGAAGCGCUGGUCCGCAGUGGAGACCAGGGGGAGCCGGUCUGCGCUCCCGCUCCUCUCGACUCGCAUACACUGCGUCAUCUUCAUCACACCGCCUGGAGGAAACUGCUGGAUCAAGCGACUGGCGACCUCAGCUCUUCGGUUAAACAUGUUACCCGCUACCGGCGUGAGGUGCCCGGAUCAUCCGCGAGGGGCAGCUCUUCCAACAACGCUGUCUACGAGACCGAUCCGCCUCCGCCGCCUCCAUCGGCUCAUGGAAAUCUCAGCUGUGCGCGAGGUUACUUCUGGCUGACCUCUGACCUCCCAAGUCAGAGUUUCUCGCUACUCUUGGACGGCGCUCUCCGCCGCGGGGACGCGAGGUACCCCGUCGGAGGUCACUGCUCGGAUCUCUUACUAGACAGCGGAGGUUACCAGAUACCGACUCUAGCCGCGAGGGUUUGCCACAUCCCACUGCUGGGUGCUGCCGGAAAACUCACAGCGGCUGAAUCCGCAGUCCGCUGUGGAUCGGCGAGGCGGUGUUUCCGCAAAUGCUGUCCGGAGGGGAUGCUGAUCCAACGCGGCGGACUCCGCUGUGUGCCGGCGGAAUCUCCCUGGACGCCGGUGUUCCACCGCGAGGAGAAUCCGUUAGAUGCGGAGCCCGUCCGUCUGGUAACCGGUGUACCGGCGUGUGCUGAGCCCGGGGAGGAACCGCGAGGGGUGUUUCCACUAGAGCCUGACCGCCCACCACCGCAGCGACCCGCGAGUCAAGGCAGCUCCUCACAGGCACCAGACAAGACUGAGGUUCAUUCCAGUCCUUCAGGGUCUGAAGAGGCCUCACGCCCCCAUCCGGAUCGGUUCUUUCUACAGGAGGAUGGUCAACUGUUGGCGCCCGAGCAGGCUAUGAUACCCGCUGGAGAGUUUUGUGUCGAUCGGGUUCUGUAUGAAGAGUGUGAUGAGGAGCAGGAGACCGAUCCCUCCCCCACUCCUGAGCCCAGCGUGAGCUCCACCAGUUCCGCGGACAAUGCAGACGAAUCUACAGUAAGGUAUAGGACAAAGAGGCGCAAUGUGGUCACAGGUGGUAAUCGAGCAGUCAGAAGUCGCGAAAGAAGACAUCAACAUCGGAAGAGCAAGAGGUCAAAUCUUCAUCAUUCGACCCUUCACAACAUUCAUCGAAAGCAGCGGGUGCGGCGUGGGGGUACAAUCUCCUCCGAACUCACCAUGUUAUCUUCCAUCCCAAGAACGGCUCGCUCCGUCGCCUCACCCCACGGAGGACCCCGCCCUCGUCUAAUGGCCGUUCUCUGCUACCCUCGUCCUGCCGCCGUGCCUCGUCCCGGUCCCCCCACCCUACUGACCGUUCUCCAGACGUGCUCGGCCGUGGGCCUGCUGGGGGUGCUGCUGGUGCACCUGCUGGUACCAGCGCUGCGGAACCAGCACGGCAGGUGUCUGGUGUCUCACGCGGCGGCGCUGUUGGUGGCGCUGGGAUGUCUGAUGGCGUCUUCACGGCCGGCGGUGUACUCCAGGCUGGAGCUCUGUCAGGGCGUAGGUCUUCUGAUGCACUUUUCGUUCCUGGCCUCCUGUUUUUGGCUGAACGUGAUGAGUUUCGACAUCUGGCUCACAUUUAGUCGUCUGCGCGCCGCUCCAUCCCGGACCAGCCAGCAGCGGGAGCGGUUCGUCCGCUACUCGCUGUACGCGUGGUGUUCACCACUCCUGCUGACGCUGCUCACGGCGCUGAUGCAGUUCGUGCCGGGUGAACAGCCGCUGCUGCCGCCGCCAGGGAUUGGACGUGUCAACUGCUGGUUCCCAGGCAGUCGGGAGAUGUUGAUCUAUUUCCACUGGCCGAUCCUGGCGCUGAUGACGGCCAACCUGUUCUUCUUCCUGGUGACGGCCUGUAAUCUGCGCCGGGGGGAGAAGAACGCGGAGAGAGUGCGGAGCAGGAAGAGAGGCGUCGAGAGGUGGGUGAGGUUCAAGAUUUACGUGCACCUGUUCGUUGUAAUGGGCGUAUCAUGGAUCGCCGAGGGCCUCUCCAAACAUUUCGGACCAAACAAUCUAUGGCUGGUGGCAGACUUAUUUAACAGUCUGCAGGGCGUGCUCAUCUUCCUCCUGCUGGUCCUCCGCGGUGGGACGCGCCGCGCGCUGCGUCGUCAGGUGGCGCUCUGGUGGCGUCAGGCGGCGCGGCGCACUCUGAGCUCCUCCUCCGGCCGGCGCAGCCGCUCCACGUCAGCCUCCUCACGUCAGACAGUCCCCACCACGGCGUCAGCACGUCAGUCAACCCACACGUCAGCACGUCAGUCGGGACACGCGUCAGCGGCAGUGCGGCUAUCAGUUCCAAUGCCAGUGUCGGCACGAAGGUCGCUGUCGCCGCCGCGGCGGACUCCAGAGAUGUCCGUUAGGUGGCGGUCUAAGUCUGUCGGGUCGAGACAGGUGGCGCUGGUGUCGCGGACAGAAGCACAGAGAGGAAGAGGGGAUGAAGAAGAGGGACAGAGAGGACGGAGAGGUAGAGUGGAGGACGAGAAAGAGAAACGAAAAAGUCAUGUGAUGGUGAAAAUAUCCCAAGCUAACACGAGAGCAGGUCUUCUGAAUGGUAAGCUUCGCAUCAACUUUGGGUCUAGAGAUCGUGAUAGCAGUUCGAGAGAUUCAAUCAAUGUGUCUGGUAGCAGGAAUUGUGUCGAAUCGGAUUCAUCCUGCAGUAUAGUUGUAAGUUCAAAUGGAGGGUCUGCUGUGUACAAAAAUUCUACGGUAAAAUGUGGUGAACGGGCUGGAGCAGGCAACCAUGUCCCUGUUGAGUCGAACAGAUCGGGAAGCUUGUCUAGUGAGCCAUAUACAAUCAGCAUCAUAUCUAGUCAAUCUGAUAAGAUUUGCAAAGCAUCCAGUGAGUCUGAUAAGCUGGAGAAAACGAAAACCGGAUAUGAUGAAUCUGAGAGGACACCCAGCAGCCAUGCUAAACCUAACGGCAUGCUUCCCGGAUCUGACGAAAGCCCAAAGAAACCAGCUGAUCAUUCUGAUAAACCCAACAAGACAAAAGACAGAGUUCAAACAAUUUCGGUACGAAUUGAGAGAGCGUCUUUCGAUUCUGACUGUGAAAUUCACCAACAAUACACAGGAAGUGUUGAAUCUGACCUUGGACAUACCAAGCCUGACUCAGAAGGUGUUGAAUCUGACAGUGACAGCGAUAACAGAGACUCUGCUGACUCGGAGUCACACGAAGGAGUCGGACUCUGUCUGAACAGACUCUUUAGUGACCCUCCCGGUACGGAGUCCUCACUUUGUGUGGCCACUCGGUCUGAUUCAGUGGUGUGCCAGCUCUCUAAUGGAACGGGGACCCGAUGUAAGCUGGCGGAGUCAGCGGCGAGGCGGCCGCGAGCUGGGACUGCUGUAUGAGUGAGCAGGAUUGGUGAGUGAGGGGACAAUCACUGUUGGUGUAGUCACUGACGUGUUAGCGCAGUGACGUCUUAUGUGUCAGUGCAACUACAUUGUAUUGCUGUGUAAGCGCAUUCUUUACUGUGAGCACAGGCAUUGCUGUGUAAGCGAAGUCUCUGCCUUCCCAACCCAGUCAAUGUCAUGCCAGCAAAGCCAUUACUGUGUGCCACUUCAUUCACUGUUAUGUGGAUGAAGCACUUAAUGCAGUUCAAAAGCGUUCAUCCGUGCUCGCUGCUCCUAGCGGCCAUUCAACCAAUCAAAAGCUAGCUCAUAGUAACCACAUUGCUAGCACAGAACAUGUCUUGCUGAACGGAUGGUUGAUGCAUGUCUAUUUUUGUUUAUAAUGGGAAAAUCCUCACAAUGUUGUUGGCUUCCGAAUCACGAAUGCUACUCUAUGAGAGAUGUAUAUGUCAUACUUGUGACUGGGAGAAACGUAUGUUUAAGCCGUUGAUGUUUAAUGUUCAAGUAAGCUCAUGAGGCUUGCAAAACAGUCAUGUUAAACCUCGAUACUUCAAAUGUGUCAUUGAUAAUUAGUUGUUACUGCCCGACGCCCGUGAGCUAGCCCUAUGCUCCGAUAUUAUUUGCAGUAAUUAUUGUUACCUUUUUUCUCAGCAGCCACAAAUCGUUAUUUAAUUGUAGGAACGAUUGACGGUAUCUUCGUACGAUCGGUAUUGUGUGCGAUAUGGUCUUCGCCAGGUGUGCUCAUAUGUUACCACGUGUGCAUAAAACAAGCUCGGCCUGCUGAAAUGAUUGCUGAUUCUGCGUACGUUCCUCCAUACAUAAUAUACGUGUAUAUUUUG